ACCAAUUUGGCGGGAAACGUAUCAAAGCUGCGAAGGAAGCAUGUCGACGACUCCAGCGGUGCGCGUGGCGACGCCCGAGAUCCGGCUGCACUGCGGACCCACGGGGCUAAAUGAGGCUGUGCUAUCGCUGGACUUCCUACGACCUAAUGCAGGAGAGGCUACCACGACUGACAAGCCGCUGCUGGCCACGGGGGGCGCCGACAAGGAGAUCAAAUUAUGGCGAGUUGGUGAGAGCGAGGAUCCCGAGGCCAAAGGCAACGUAGCGCUCGAGUUCGUUUUCAGCCUGUCAGGACACGACCGCAGCAUUAACUGCGUGCGUUUCUCGCCUAACGGCGCUUACCUAGCGUCUGCCAGUGAUGACACGUCUAUUAUCCUCUGGUCCAAACCCAAGACUGCAGGAGACGAUUGGCGCUGGGACCACAUCUCUUCGCUCAGCGACGUGGGGCGCACCAUUCUGUCGCUGGGCCACAAGGGAGACAUCACGGAUCUGUCCUGGUCGCCCGACUCAGCCUUCCUCGCGUCUUCAUCAGUCGACAAUCGCUGCGUCAUCUGGAAUGUCGAGAAAGGGGACGUGGCGGAGCGGCGCAAGGAUCACACUCAGUACGUGCAGGGCGUGGCCUGGGAUCCGCUCAACGAGUUCAUAGUGACGGAGGGCAACGACCGCACGUGCAGAGUCUACUCGCUCAGUGGAUUUGGAGCGGUGACGCGACCGAGCGGGAAGAAACAGGGACGUAAGCUUAUGUGCAUCCAGACGCUAAAGACCCGCGAGUUCCCUUCAAAGCAGAACGGGUCGAGUACUCCAGCAACAACAGCCACAGGUGACCAAGGGGAUAAGGAUAACAGUAAGAAGGCAGAGAGUGAAGUCGCUUCAGGAGACGCACCCACCAAAGCUCCAGCCCAACCGAAGCAUCGAAUGUUCCUGGAUGAUACGUGCCCCGCAUUCGCACGGCGACCUGCGUGGACACCUGAUGGAAACUACUUUCUGGCGCCUACUGGAACUUUCCGCUCGAGCGAGUCGGCGUCUCCUGUGAACACAGUAUACGCAUUCUCACGUGGCAAUUUGAGUCAGCCGACACUGCACCUGCCUGGACAGGAGAAAGCUUCGCUUGCUGUCCGCUGCAGUCCUCUUUUGUAUAAAUUGCGUCGUCCGGAUGGCCAGGCAAAAGACGCUCCGGUGCCCAACCUGUUCAAGACGGAAUACCGGUCUGUCUUUGCUGUCAUUACACUCGACGCAGUCGUCAUUCACGACACGCAGCAAGCUUCUCCGAUCUGCACGAUCAAGGGGCUUCACUACGCAGACUUAACUGACGCGACCUGGACAGCUGACGGCCAGACACUGAGCAUCUCAUCGACGGAUGGUUACAUCUCAUUCAUUCAAUUUGAAGAUGGUUUCUUCGGCACAAGCGUACCGCGCAAAGACCAAAUGGCGCUUAACGAGGACAAGAUGCGGCGAAUGUCUGCAACUCCCAAGAAGGCUCGUAAAAAAGCUAGAAACCAGGCGCAGCCCCAGGUCUCAAAGGACGCACCGACAAAGACCGCCACGACUAAACAAAAAGCACAACCAGCGGAUACCAUCAAACGUGCCCUCCAGAACUCGGAGGGGGCUACUGCUGGCAAUCCCAUUAACGUGCUGCAGGUGAGGAAGAAGCGUAAGAUCUCUCCGACCCUGGUGCCACCCGCUGGUACCCCGCCGUCAGCUUCCUCUGGGCCACACGCCUCCACAAGCACUCAAGCACCCAGUACACCAGCAGCUAGUGUUGUUGCACCCAACUCCUCCAGUACAGUUGUUGGCCUGAGCGUUCCCUCUUAUUCGGAGCCUGCUUCUGCUCCUCACGGUCAACGGACUGAAACUCAACUGACCGAGUCCCACACGCCUGCUGGUACGUUUGACGACCCUCUCAAUAUUUGAGCAAUCCCAUUCACCGCAUCGAGAGGUUCUAUUGUCAUCAAUACAAGUUUCAUGAAUACAAUGAGGCUCCAAAGCAA